AUGGCAUCGCUCGUGCCACUAAAGGAUAAGAAGCUCAUGGAGGUUAAACAUGGAGAGCUGCCAAGCUGGAUAAUGAUGUGGAAUUUCACCCCCAGUGGCAUAGCGGGAGCCUUUCAGAGAGGUUCUGACUGGUAUUACAACAAGUACAUCAACGUGUGGAAAGGUAGCAUCUCGGGGAUUAACAUGGUGCUGGCAGCCUAUGUAGUUUUCAGCUACUGCAUUUCUUACAAGGAACUCAAACAUGAACAGCGAUGCAAGUACCACUGAAGAAGGG